UCUUUCUCCUUUGAUACGAUAAGUGCUGCUUAGUGAAAGAAACAUUCUGUAUUAAAUUUUACACUAUUCGUGCUAAAACAACAAUUAAUUUACAAAAUUUUAGAUGUGAACAGUAUUUUAAAGGAUAUUAUUAUACAAAUAGGAAAUUUUUAUUGAACUAUGAAUUCUCUUUAUCUUGACAUGUUUUGUGACUGGAGUGAUGAUGAAGGAAGGAAGAAGGUAACUGACUCAACUACAAAAAUCGAAAAAGCUAAAGCACUUGAGGAAGAAGAGUUAGCAAAGCUUGUAGAGCUGAAGGAGAAUUUAGGUGAUAAUUUACCACCUCAAUAUACUGAUGCACAUCUUUUGGGAUUUUUAAGAGCAAGAUCUUUAAAUGUCAAAGAAGCACAAAAGCUCAUGAAAAUCGAUGGUAAUAUGCGUCAAUUCCUGAGAGCUGAUGCAAUUUUAGAUGAAUAUGAACCUUCUGAGACAAAUAUGCAGUGUAGCAUUUCUGGUAUGAUCGGUUUUGAUAAAGAAGGAUCUCUGAUAAGAGUGAUAAAUGUAGGCUAUGGGGAUUAUAAAGGCUUUAUUCAUUCUAUUUCAACAAUUGAAGAGUUCAAGAUUUUCAUCUGGUCAAUACAGAAAGAUUCUAUGCUUCAAGCAGAAGAAUGUAAAAAGAAAGGAUAUAAAUGCAAUCAAAUUGUCUAUAUCUUGAACUUGGAAAAUAUCAGCAUGAGUCAAGUAAUGUACAAGCCAGCCUUAGAUACGGGUCUAUUAGCUCUAAAAUUACUUCAGGAUCAUUACCAUGAUGCGGCUAAAGCAAUAUAUGUCGUCAAUGCUCCCAUCUUUUUCUCGUCGAUCUUCAAACUCUUCAAACCUGUCAUAGGAGAUUCCUUACAGAAGCGACUGAAGAUUUUUGAUGGAGAUGACUGGAGAGAACAGCUGUUGAAGCAUAUAGACGCUGAUAUUUUACCCGCAUAUCUAGGAGGCAAUCGAGUAGAUUCGAAUAAUGAUCCUUUGUGCAGAGAAUUUAUUGGUUUCGGAGGGACUAUUCCCGAAAGCAGUUACGCUGCAAAUUUUCUUGACCUUGAAGACCCCGAUGUUGUAGUUGCAACUGUUCCUGCAGGAGCGACUCUAAAUUUUCGAUUUUCCACACCAAUAGUGGGUACAGUUAUUCAAUGGCAUAUUCAGGCGAAAGAUAACGACAUAGGAAUUGGAGUGUUCUAUGAACCUUUAGAUGAAGAUUCCGACUCAUCGAAAAGCUCUCAGAAGAAAGCGAAAGAAAUUGAUGUUUCGGAACUGGAACCUCUUACCCCAAUAAUUCGCAGUCAGUGUCAUAUUUGCCCAGAAAUUGGCAGCACGGUCACAUGGCUCUCCGGCACUACUGUUCUUCACUUUGAUAACACCUACAGCUGGAUGAAUUCCAAGGAAGUCCAGUUUAAGAUAAUCAUUGAGCCACCGGCUGUGAAAGAUAAUAAUAUCCCCAACUCGGUGAACAAUGCAGCCAACGCCGUGAGGAAAAUGAUCGUCAAACAAUGAAGAUUAUCUAUUAGAUUGACAAAAGAAGGAAUAUCCGAGGCGAAAGGAAAUGCGAAGCAGAGUAAGAUAAUUCUGCUUACUUUCCGAUGCUUGAAACAGAACAGGCGAACAUCAGAGAAAGCGUGUCUAUAUUACCUGUUUUUUGGAAGCUUUGGGAUAACUCAUGUGAAAUUAUUUAUAUAGGACGUAAUUUAUCAUAUUUAUAUUUAUAUAUCUCUUAUAAAUUACACUGUUUACUAAGCAAAAUAUAGUUACCAUAUAAAAUUAUUCGCGAAGAAUUGGCAGUUGCAGCUGAACUUACAUUGUUAGAUAUUUCUACGUUUUUACAUUACGGAAAACACUUAAAAAUGACGUUGCAUAUUUCUUUACUCGGAAUAGGUAUGGAAAUGUUUCUGGUGAAAAAAGAGACAUAAAUUUUUUUCAGCAAUUGAUACGAUAAAAUAAACAUUGUAAGUCAACAAUUGCAAUUCGUUAUUGUUGGUCAUCACUUAUUUCAGGAAUGUUUAAAUAAAACUGUAAAAGCAGCAGUUUCUGAAUUUGAAAUUGAUAACUUUAAAAAUUUCUUUUGAUGUAUAUCAAUUUCUCUGUAUUUGUAUUUGAUAUUUCAAGUUAAUAUUUAAUUUGUUAAAUGUUUCCCAUGUUUGUAUACUUUAUGUCUUAAUUUUUGUAACGUAUUAAGUUUCUAAGAAGAAACUUCUGAAUAAAAUCUACCACAAAUUA